GCCACUUCCGCGUGCAUGGCCCUGCUGCCCCGGCUGAGCGCGAGCACGGGGCCGAGCUGGCGGCGGCCGGCGCGCGCCUCUCUGGGCUUCCUGCUGCCGCGCCUCGGGCCCACCGCCGCUCCGCGCGCCCUCUCCCGCGCCAUGGCGAGCAAGCAGGAGCCGCAGCCGCAGUGCCCGCCGCCCGCCGCCGGCGCUGUGACCUCCUACGACUACCUGGUGAUCGGGGGCGGCUCGGGCGGGCUGGCCAGCGCGCGCCGGGCGGCGGAGCUGGGCGCCAGGGCCGCCGUCGUGGAGAGCCACAAACUGGGCGGCACUUGCGUGAAUGUUGGAUGUGUACCCAAAAAGGUAAUGUGGAACACAGCUGUCCACUCUGAAUUUAUGCAUGAUCAUGUUGAUUAUGGCUUUCAGAGUUGUGACAGUAAAUUCAAUUGGAGCGUUAUAAAAGAAAAACGGGACGCCUACGUGAGCCGCCUGAACACCAUCUACCAGAACAACCUAACCAAGGCCCAUAUAGAUAUCAUCCAUGGCUAUGGAACAUUCACAUGUGAUCCCACGCCCACCGUCGAGGUCAAUGGGAAAAAAUACACCGCUCCUCACAUCCUGAUCGCCACAGGUGGCGUGCCCUCGCGUCCUCCUGAGAGCCAGAUCCCCGGUGCCAGCCUAGGAAUAACCAGCGAUGGGUUUUUUCAGCUGGAAGAAUUGCCUAGGCGCAGUGUCAUCGUUGGUGCGGGUUACAUUGCUGUGGAGAUCGCCGGAAUUCUCUCGGCUCUGGGUUCUAAGACAUCACUAAUGAUACGGCACGAUAAGGUACUUAGAACUUUUGAUUCAAUAAUCAGUUCAAACUGCACCGACGAGCUGGAGAACGCAGGCAUCGAGGUCCUCAGGCACUCCCAGGUCAAGGAAGUUAAAAAGACCUCAUCAGGCUUGGAAGUCAGUGUGGUUACUUCAGCUCCUGGUAGGAAACCCACCGUUACCACGAUCCUGGAUGUUGACUGCCUGCUGUGGGCCAUUGGACGGGACCCGAAUUCCAGGGGCCUUAAUUUAAACAAACUGGGAAUUCAGACUGAUGACAAAGGUCACAUCAUAGUAGAUGAAUUCCAGAAUACCAGUGUCAAGGGGAUCUACGCAGUUGGGGAUGUGUGUGGAAAAGCCCUCCUUACUCCAGUUGCAAUAGCUGCUGGCCGCAAACUUGCCCAUAGACUUUUUGAAUGCAAACAAGAUUCCAAAUUAGACUAUGACAACAUCCCCACUGUGGUCUUCAGUCACCCCCCUAUUGGGACAGUGGGACUCACAGAAGAUGAGGCCAUUAAUAAAUACGGAAAAGAAAAUGUGAAGACCUAUUCAACCACCUUUACCCCCAUGUAUCAUGCAGUUACAAAAAGGAAAACAAAAUGCGUGAUGAAAAUGGUUUGUGCCAACAAAGAGGAGAAGGUAGUUGGGAUCCAUAUGCAAGGAAUUGGGUGUGAUGAAAUGCUGCAAGGUUUUGCUGUUGCAGUUAAAAUGGGAGCAACCAAGGCCGACUUUGACAACACAGUUGCCAUUCACCCUACCUCUUCAGAAGAACUGGUCACACUUCGCUGAAAACCCGGAUGCUGGUGUGCUUGGCAGCUGGACCGGUAGACCUUCUGAAAUGAACCAAAUAAUCACAUAUACUUACUUAUUGUUCCAAUUUUAUAUAUUUCUGUCUUUUAAUCAGGAGCUUCUUAUAAUGGAAAAUUUCAGUAAGUAAUAGAACUUAUUUAUGUAGUUAGAAAUUUGUUUUGUUAUGCAGGAUUAAUUUUCAUUUCAUCACAUCUCACAAUAAUUAAUAUUUUAGUGUGUGUUGUUUUGUUUUUAAGCAAGUCUGUGUUAGCGGGGUUUUUUUGUUUUGUUUUUCCUGUUUCAGCUUCAUUCCGAGUAUAAAACUAUAUGAACUACAAUGAAUGUACUUGAAUGAAUAUAUUUUGCUAGUUUUUGUCGAGGAGGAUGACAGCAGCUCUUCGUAAUUUAAAUAAUGCACACGCACAGAAUCUUUGUAUUUUCCUGAAGCCAGUACUGUGCCCUGCAUAUUGCAAAGCUGCUUCACGGAUGUGACCUUUCUCUAAAAAGUACAUGGCGUUAGAGACCUGCCUACCUUGUUUUUAUUCUUUCUUUUCUUUUAAAUGAUUAAAAGUUGUUUGUGUUAUUUUUAUGAGAUGAGGUGCUUCAAACCUGGAAAAGAUUUGAAGAGGCUAGUUAAAUAUCUGAGGGCCAUUUGAGAAGUGACUCCUGCUUAGGGGGCGUGGGCUGGAAUACUUCAAAAGUCCCUUCCUAGGCUGAGUCCGUAGUUCAAUGAAUAACUCCAAUAUUUGUAUGAGUUCCUGUCAUUUUAUGUUUUCUGAAAACCGUUUCAGACAGUUGAAAAUAAAUCACAGCCUUUCCAUCUUAUAAAAAAUUUGCUGUUAUAAA